UUUCACAGAAAGCGCGUUUUCUUAUGACUUUCCUGUGGGUCCCCCAUCUCUUCUCUUUUCCCUUUCCUUCACAUUUCUUCUUCAAGCAUCCCACUUUCUCCCACAAAUUGAAAAUUUUCCAAAAAUAUUUCAUGUACUACUGAUCAUUUCCCAUUAGUAAAUUUGGAAAACCCAAUAGCAGAAGCAUUUACACUUUUAUACAUGGCUGAAAAUGGCGAAGAAAAACUCAUAGCUGUUGCUCGUCAUAUUGCUAAAACUCUUGGUCAUACUGAUACUAUGACUGAUGAUAUUCUACAAAUUUUCUCUAGUUUCGAUAAUCGUCUCCGCGAAAAGCUCACUGAUGAUCAGCCCACUAGCUGUGCUUCACUUGAACGAACUCUUAAAUCCCUUCACCGUCAGAUCUCUCGUUACGUCUCCAUCGAACAUCCCAUAUGGUCCGAUUCAGCUGAUUCUGCCACUUUCCUUGAUUCCAUUGACGAAUUAAUAGCCACAAUUCGUGAGUGGAACCCUAUGGCUACUGACAAAUCCGUUUCUGCUUCUCUUGAUAAAGCUGAGGAUUUACUCCAACAAGCUAUGUUCCGUUUGGAGGAUGAGUUCAAAACCCUCAUGCAACGCGCUGCUGAGUCCUUGGAUCUCACGCGCUACCAGAACGGCGAACCGGCAGCGAAUCUUAACUACUCCUCUGAUUCCGAAGAAGCUGAAGAUGACAGUGAGAUUCCUGUAGCACAUCCGGUUACAGAUUACGACAUCCUUAUUGACGCUUUACCGGCGGGAACCGUCAGCGAUCUUCACGAGAUCGCAAGAAGGAUGGUGGCCGCCGGAUACGGGAAGGAGUGUUCGCACGCGUACAGCGCGUGUAGGAGAGAGUUUCUGGAGGAGAGUCUGAGUAGACUGGGCUUGCAGAAGCUGAGUAUUGAUGAAGUGCAGAAAAUGCAGUGGACUGAGCUGGAAGACGAGAUUGAGAAAUGGGUCAAAGCGGUCAACGUUGCACUCCGGAUUCUGUUCCCGAGUGAACGCCGUCUAUGCGAUCGCGUCUUUUUCGGAUUCAACUCUGUUUCUGAUCUGUCAUUCAUGGAAGUUUCUAGAGGUUCUACGAUUCAGCUUCUCAACUUUGCUGAUGCUGUUGCCAUCUCAAGUCGGGCACCGGAGAGACUUUUCAAGGUGUUGGAUGUUUAUGAGGCGCUUAGGGAUUUGAUGCCUGAAUUUGAAUUGUUGUUUAUGGAUCAAUACUGUGUAUUAUUGAGGAAUGAAGCUUUGACUAUAUGGAGAAGAUUAGGUGAGGCUAUUAGAGGGAUUUUUAUGGAGUUGGAGAAUUUGAUUCGCCGAGAUCCUGCCAAAACGCCUGUUCCAGGAGGCGGACUCCACCCGAUUACUCGAUACGUGAUGAAUUAUCUCCGUGCAGCUUGUCGAUCCCGGAUUUCUCUUGAACAGGUUUUUGAGGAAUCUGCUAGUGCUGUUGAUUAUAGAGGAGAAGUGGAUGAUAGAGCACUUUCAUCGUCUCCCUUGGCUGUUCAAAUGGCAUGGACAAUGGAGUUACUCGAGAGUAAUCUGGAAGCAAAAUCCAAGAUUUACAAGGACUCUGCUUUAAUGGCUGUUUUUAUGAUGAAUAAUGAAAGAUACAUUGUUCAGAAGGUUAAAGAUAGUGAGUUGGGAUUACUUCUAGGUGAUGAUUGGAUACGGAAGCACGCAUCCAAAGUUAAGCAGUAUCAUGUCAAUUAUCAACGAAGUUCAUGGAGUAAGGUUUUGGGAGCUCUGAAGAUUGAUAAUAAUGCUAUGUCGCCUACUGGAGCAUCAAGGUCUUUGAAAGAAAAGCUUAAGUUAUUCAAUUCCUACUUUGAGGAGAUAUGUAAAACACAAUCCACUUGGAUAAUCUUUGAUGAGCAACUGAAGGAGGAUUUGAGGAAUUCCGUAGCUGGGAUUUUGUCUCCAGCAUACCGCAACUUUGUUGGAAGGUUGCAGAGUAGUCACGAUGCUGGGAGGCACGCGGAGAGGCAUAUCAUGUUUAGUGUGGAGGAUGUUGAAGCUCGAAUUACUGAGUUGUUUCAGGGGAACAAUGGAUCAGGUGGUGGCAGGAAGUGAGUACAAAGUCUGUAAGCAAGUGAUUGCAUCUCUUGUACCAUACAUGUAUGCUAGUUUAGCUUUUAGAAGUUUUGUUGUAUGUUCAUGUAAUCCUGGUCAAUUAUGGCCUUUGUCAUGGCUCUGAAUCGUGCCUUCUAAUACUUGUAUGCAUUAAUGGAAACCAUAUGAAAGCUACUGGAAUGCAGUACCAUUAUCUUAGGCUUGAUUAAUUA